AUGUAUGUGUGUGCCUCCUCGCUUCCUUUCCUCGCUUCACAAACUGGUCUCGUGGUCUCCGACUCGCUCUCCUUCUGCCAGUUCGCGUCACAACAACAAAAAACGGAGCACAAGGACCCAGGAGAAACGUACCUGACAAAAGGCGAGGUCAUUGCCAUCUACGCUUACACCUCUGACGAGGGGCAUUUGUAUAAGACUUUUAAUGAAGCCGUUCGAACCCAGGGACGUGAUUAUAAGAAAGCUUUCAAAUUCCACGCGCUCCACUAUUACCUGACUAAAGCCAUUCAACAUCUCACAGCACGAAGAAGUGUCACACCGUACCGCAGAACCACGGUGGACUUCAACGUCGCCAUCAACUCAGCUAUCUUCGGAAGCAAGACGUGUUUUGAGAUCACGUUCAUGGGAGGAAAGGUCUUCAAGUACUCCAAAUUCAAACGAGAAGCCGAGGUUCUGAUUCCCCCGUACGAGGUGUUUAAAGUCACUUCCGUGGAGACGAAGGCCAAGAAAUCGGAUCUCGAGUGCGACGUGGUCUAUAAAAUAAAGAGCACAGGUCAACCCGUUUCCAAUAACGACUGUGCACUUUCAACAAAACAAAAAACCCAACUUUGCUGCAGCAAUUGUGCUGUGGACAAAACAUGUAACAUUUAGGAUUUAGGAUGCACCGUUUUAUUGCAAAUGAUCUUUCAUCAAACAUCCAUGCGACUAUAGAAGUGCAUUUGUUAGCGUCGACCUUUGAAUACUUCCACAAACUUUGUUAAAGAACAAACACAGGAUGCAUGAAAAUGAAUCCUUAAGAAUUGUGUGAUAAUAUAAUCUGUAUUCACAAAUCUAAAUGUACAUCACAGUGUUUUCAGUUGUUACUGUUCCAUGUUCUCUGUAUUUAAAGUGGAUGCAUAAUCUGUCCUUCAAAGUUACUGGAUGUAAGAAUUAAACGUCUGUGUUUCUCAAGUUGUGUGUUUGUAGAUCAACAGUUUCAUCUGAUGGAUCAAAACGAAUUAUACUUCCAUAGUUUAAGCAGGAUAAUUUGGUAGAAUAUUUCCCUAUGAAUUGCAUUUUUAAUAUAUUAAUUUAUUUCCAAAUAAAUGUAAAUUUCAAAAAAAUAUUGAUUUAUUUCGACUUGAACCGUGAAGUUUGAACGGAUCAGAGAAAUUACCAGAGCUCUGCUGCGGAAAUACAAAUUGCAAAAAAUUACUUAUGGAAUAUUUGCAUGUUACUACAUCUCAUUGCACUUUUUACUGUCCUACAUUUAUCAACAAACAAGUAUAUGAUUACCUUAUGCAUCUAUAACUUUGUUAUAUAGUCCCACAUCCUCAAAAGUUCUAAUUUAUCUUGCAGCACAAAACACUACAAAUAAUACAAAUGAAUUGUAUCAUAAGCGUCGUCUCGUGGUUUGAGGCGACUCGCUGUGAGAACACAGAGGAGCCUCGUCACCGUCCAGGUGGCGAGCUGCAGCUUUAGAGACCAAAAAUUCAUUUUAAUAACAAAUAAAAGUCACAAGAUCCUCGCGUCAUAAAACAUCCCAAAAAAUGUAUUGCUGAUUCUUUUCUGAUGCAUUUAAAGUAGAUGCAUAAUCUUGCCUUCAAAGUUACUGGAUGUGAGAAUUAAACGUCCUCGUGUUUCACAAGUUGCGUUUCUCAAAUGUUUUCAAGUCUUUCAUGAAGUCAUUAAAACAAACUGCUGCCGAAUAAACGACCCAAAACCUGUUCAUCCGUUUCUUCUUUAUUUCUUCAAAAGAAAAAGUUCAGUUAGUCUCCGACAGUUUUUUUCUCUUCUUUUUCUUAUAGAAAAAAAAACAAAAAAAUCCCCUUGUACAAACAUUUAAAAAUUACUAAUGGCAACAACAAAAAAGCGCAAAAGAAAAACAAACAAACAACUCGCUGUACAGAUUAAUGAAGAAAGAGUUCUGCCUCGGAGCUGCUCGCUCUCCUCACAAUCAAAAACACACACACACACACACGGAACCAGAGUGUUCAAACACCACAGGUUUGAACUUGAUUGCACGGUUGGGGCUAAGUUUCAAGCUUGGGGCUAAGGCGCUAGCUCUGGUCUAAGGCUCAAGCUCGGGGCUAAGUCACUAGCUUGGGGCUAAGGCGCUAGCUCGGGGGUAAUGGCGCUAUCUUGAGGCUAUGGCUCUAGCUCGGGGCUAAGGCGCUAGCUCGAGGCUAAGGCUCUAGCUUGGGGCUAACACGCUGGCUCGGGGCUAAGGCUCUAGCUUGGGGCUAACACGCUGGCUCGGGGCUAAGGCUCUAGCUUGGGGCUAACACGCUGGCUCGGGGCUAAGGCGCUAGCUCGGGGCUAAGGCUCUAGCUUGGGGCUAAGGCUCUAGCUCGGGGCUAAGGCGCUAGCUCGGGGCUAAGGCUCUAGCUUGGGGCUAAGGCUCUAGCUUGGGGCUAACACGCUGGCUCGGGGCUAAGGCUCUAGCUUGGGGCUAACACGCUGGCUCGGGGCUAAGGCUCUAGCUUGGGGCUAAGGCUCUAGCUUGGGGCUAACACGCUGGCUCGGGGCUAAGGCUCUAGCUUGGGGCUAAGGCUCUAGCUUGGGGCUAACACGCUGGCUCGGGGCUAAGGCUCUAGCUUGGGGCUAAGGCUCUAGCUUGGGGCUAACACGCUGGCUCGGGGCUAAGGCUCUAGCUCGGGGCUAAGGCUCUAGCUUGGGGCUAAGGCUCUAGCUUGGGGCUAAGGCUCUAGCUUGGGGCUAACACGCUGGCUCGGGGCUAAGGCGCUAGCUCGGGGCUAAGGCUCUAGCUUGGGGCUAACGCGCUGACUUGGCUGUGGAAGCAGAAGGAGACGCGAGUCCACGACCGUUCUUUUGAGUCGGACCUUCGGGAAACUUCCCGUUGGUUUUAAAGUGCUCUUCGAAAACCUACAAAUUGGCUGCCCCUCCCCCCUCCAGGGGGCCACGCCCGUCAUUCGGAGUAGAAGUUCCCUCCCCAGCGGUGUUGUGAACUUGAUUAUCUAUUCAACGCUUUGGUUCGGACAUAUUGCUCCUCUACAUCACUUAUGAUUCAUCUCUCGCUCUGAUGCUGGAAUCCAACCGUUGACCGUUCUGUCUCCGCUGCUUUGAGUUCAUCCUUUUUUUUGUCUUUUUUUUUUUUAAGUCCAUGAUUAGGAGUGUGCAGGAGAGAAAAACACACA